CCAUCAAACAACUUCAUGUUUUUGUGUAUAUAUAUAUAUAUAUAUAUUCAUAUAUGUACUCAGAAAGUGCCAAAACUUCUGUGUAGUACCUAGCUCUUCUUCUCUAACUUGAUAGCUUCGUAUCUUUCUCAUAAUUUGAUUAUAAUGACAGAUCCUUACUCUAAUCUCUUCACUACUGGUUCAUGGUUCAACUUCAAGCCUCUUCACCCUCACUACUCUCCUCCAACUUACUCAAAUUUAAACAACUCAACUACUUUCACUACUCAAUCUGAAAACUAUUCACUACUUUUCCCUUCUCCUCCUUCACCUCCACUCAAAGAAGCACUUCCUCUAAUCAACUGUUUAAGCCCUAGGAGACAAGAAGAAGAACAUGAAUCAUCAACAAGUACAGCAGAAGAGGACAAGAACUUGAACAAAGAAGAUUCUGGUGAAACUGUUACUGUUGCCCUACACAUAGGCCUGCCAAACCCUAGUAAUUCUGGUUUGGGGUCUAAAUUCAGAAGACUCUCACCAUCUUCAGAUGUGAUGGACAAAAGAGGAGUUAUGAGUUUGGAAAAUUUCAACAACGCUGAGUACUGGAUUCCAACUCCAUCUCAGAUUCUCAUCGGUCCUACACAAUUUUCAUGUCCUGUUUGCAGUAAAAGCUUUAACAGAUACAACAAUCUGCAGAUGCAUAUGUGGGGACAUGGAUCUCAGUACAGAAAAGGACCUGACUCUUUAAGAGGAACUCAACCAACAGCGAUGUUGAGACUCCCUUGCUAUUGCUGUGUACAAGGAUGCAAACACAACAUCGAUCACCCAAAAGCAAGGCCGCUCAAAGAUUUCAGAACUCUCCAAACUCACUACAAGAGAAAGCAUGGAAUCAAACCCUUCACUUGUAGAAAAUGUGGCAAACCAUUUGCAGUGAAGGGUGAUUGGCGAACCCAUGAGAAGAAUUGUGGCAAGAUUUGGUAUUGUAUUUGUGGCUCGGAUUUUAAGCACAAGAGGUCUUUGAAAGACCACAUUAAGGCCUUUGGUCAUGGCCAUGAAGCUUUGAAUGUUGACAACUUUGAAGAAGAAGAUGAACCUGCUUCUGAAAUUGAACAUGAUGGCGAUCCCUCAAUGUGAUGGAUUGAUCAAACUCCCAGUUAGUUCAGUUUGGUGAUCAAUUUUUCUUUCGUGUGAAACCUCAAAUAUUGUUC